AUGGCGGAGCAAGGUCCCAUGGCCUCGGGGACCGAGCAGGGCGUGGAGGCGGCCAGCAGCCCCGCCGCCUGCUACCGGGAGCUCAGCCAGUUCCCCGCCAUCACCCGCGCCGCCCUUGGGGCUGCCGCAGGGGGACAGACUUUCCUGCUCUACACCGAGUGCAGCCGCCCCGACCUGCCCCACCGCCGGCUCCUGCGCUUCAGCCGCCACUACAGCCUGCAGCGUACAGACGGUGGCGGCCUCGCCGUCAGCCAGGCAGCGCUCAGCGCCGAGAUCCACAACCAGCUCCUCAGCCAGGACUCGCCCACGGGGCAGCACCGCGCAGUGCUCAGCCGCUGCCCACGGCAGGGCGAUGAGCUGCUGGAGGUGUGGGGCAGCGGCGGGCGCAGCCACAGUGUGGACCUCACAGCACUGGGGAAGCACAGGGAGGUCUACACAGAGGGGCCCUUCGCCUGCCUGGCCUGGUCCCACUCGGAGACGCAGCUGCUCUACGUGGCCGAGAAGAGCCACCCCAAACCACGGCCCCCCUGCCCCUGGGAUGUGCCAGGAGCAGCCAGGCCGCCAGAGGAGGAUGAGGAUGAGGAGGGCGAGCAGUUCAUGUACCGUGAGGACUGGGGGGAGGCGCUGAGCACCCGCAGCACGCCCGUCCUCUGUGCCCUGGACCUGGAGGGCAGCAGCCUCUCGGUGCUGGAGGGCGUCCCGGAGCACCUCUCCCCUGGCCAGGCCCUGUGGACCCCGGAUGACCACGGCGUGGUGUUCGUGGGCUGGUGGCACGAGCCCUUCCGCCUGGGUCUGAGUGCCUGCUCCAACAGGAGGUCAGGGAUUUUCCACUUGGACCUGGCCAGUGGGCGCUGCGAGCUGCUGUCAGCUGAGCACGGCGCUGCCUGCUCCCCCCGGCUGAGCCCCGAUGGCCGGCGCCUGCUCUACCUGGAGGGGGGCCUGGGGGGGCCCCACCGGCAGUGCCUGUGCCUGCGCAUGGUGAGCGGGGCCUGCAGGCGCUGGGCACGGCUCUCUCCCCAGCUCACCUGGCAGACGAGGCAGACAGUGACAGUGCUCGACGUGGUGCAGGAGCCCACAGAGGGUGAAUGUGCCUUCGCCGGGCUCUACACAGAGGUGCUGCCACCGCGGUGUUGGGCGGCUGACAGUCGUCGAGCUGUGCUGGGCACCCCGCAGCGGAGCCGCACGGAUCUGCUGCUUGUGGACACGGAGGCGGCCACCGUCACCAACCUGACAGCAGGGUUACCUGAAGGGUGCUGGGAGCUGCUCACCCUCCAGUGGGACCUGCUGGUGGCCACCUGCUCGGCCCCGCACCGCCCCCCCAGCCUGGUGGUGGCAGUGCUGCCGCUGGCAGGCCGGGAGCUGCCCCUCCGCUGGGUGCCAGUGGAGGACACCCCAACGGUGCCCGGUGUCACCUGGAAGACCCUGACGGUCCAGCCACCCUGCAGUGGGCAGAGCCCCGCCAUGCACGGCGCCCAGGCCUUCGAGGCCCUGCUGCUGAGCCCGCUGGACAGCACAGCACCACACCCACUGGUUGUGUGUCCCCACGGUGGCCCCCACGCUGUCUUCGAUGCCCGCUGGCGCCCGAGCAUGGCCGCGCUGUGCCAGCUGGGUUUCGCCGUGCUCCUGGUGAACUACCGUGGCUCCCUGGGCUUUGGCCAGGCUGGCAUCAGCUCUCUGCUCUCCCGCGUGGGUGAGCAGGACGUGGCAGACACCCAGCUGGCGGUGGAGCAGGCGCUGCGCAGCGAGCCCCUGGACCCGCACCGCCUGGCCCUGCUGGCUGGCUCCCAUGGAGCCUUCAUCGCCCUCCACCUCCUUGCCCGUGAGCCUGAGCGCUACCAAGCCUGCGCCCUGCGCAGCCCCGUCUCCAACCUGCCCGCGCUGCUGGGCACGUCUGACAUCCCUGACUGGCGCUACGCCUCCCUGGGGCUUCCCUACUCCUUCGAGCGGGUGCCCCGUGCCGAGGAGGUGGCCGCCAUGCUGCUGCGCUCGCCCAUUGCCCAGGCGGCCCAGGUGCAGACGCCGGUGCUGCUGUGCGUAGGCGCCCGGGACCGGCGCGUCAGCCCCACGCAGGCGCUGGAGCUGUACCGGGUGCUGCGGGCCAGGGGGGUGCCGGCGCGGCUGCUGUGGUACCCGGAGGGUGGCCACGCGCUGGCCGGCGUGGAGACGGAGGCCGAUGUCUUCGUGAACUGCGCCCGCUGGCUCCUCAGGCACCUGGGGCAGCCCCGGCAGGGCGGGAUGGGCCGACAUAGCCCCUAGCACCCACGGUGCCUCUGUGGCUGUGCUGGCCCCAGGGUGACCACUGGCCCCAGGAACCAUACCAGCACCAGAGGAGGAUGGAGUGAGCGUAGCUGGGGGCAGGAUGGGAUGUGGUUUGGGGUUUGGUGCUAAAUAAAUGUGUGAGAUGCAAACGUGGGUGCA